AUGUGUGAUGAUGACUCUGACCAGGAGCCUGUCGAUAUCAUCGGGGACAGCGACGACGACACAGGUGCCAAUCCACAUGCGCAGCAUGGGCCUUCAAGUUCUGCUUCUCAACAGUACCCUCCACACUUCUCCACACUAAACUUGGAGGCUCUUGGUCAACAGGAGGACGGUGGUAACACGAUCGGGGGCUCUUCUACAGAAUUUCAGAUUGGGCAAUCUUUCCAGAAUAAAGAUGAGGCUGUGCUGAGUGUGAAGGACUAUAGCAUCCGGCGAGGUGUUGAGUACAGAGUCAUCGAAUCAGAUCAUCUGAAAUAUCAUGGAAAAUGCAAGCAAUUUGGCAAGGGUUGUACUUGGUUGAUUCGCGUUGCGCUGCAUGCACGAAAGGGCACUUGGGAGGUUAGGAGGUACAACGGGCCACACACAUGCUUGUCAACCUCUAUUUCCAGUGAUCACCGUCAGCUGGAUUACCACGUUAUCUGUGCGAGGAUUCUUCCGUUGGUUAGGGCAGAUGCUGUAGUUACGGUAAAGGUACUGCAACAAGCUACAGAAGCCGAUUAUGGUUUCAGGCCUAGUUACAGGAAGGUUUGGAUGGCGAAGCAAAAGGCAGUGGCACAAAUAUAUGGAGAUUGGGAAGAGUCAUACGUGGAGUUGCCACGUUGGAUGCUAGGAGUACAGUCAACAAUGGCCGGAACAAUAACCGUGUUGAAGACCUCUCCUGUUCGGCUUCAUGGUGAGGUUGAUGAGUCGACAGUGUACUUUCACCGAUUAUUCUGGACAUUCCCACCCUGUAUCGAGGCAUUCCGUCAUUGCAAGCCCCUUGUCAGUAUUGACGGUACCCACUUGUAUGGCAAGUAUGGAGGGACACUGCUGUUGGCGAUUGCGCAGGAUGGGAACUCCAACAUCCUCCCCAUUGCAUUCGCCCUUGUGGAAGGAGAAAAUGCAGAGUCGUGGUCAUUCUUCUUGUCCAACCUACGAGAGCAUGUGACUCCUCAGGAGGGUAUCCUUGUAAUCUCUGACAGGCAUAACGGGAUCAAAGCAGCGCUUGAGGCACCUGAGACUGGGUGGCUGCCGCCUCGUGCAUUCUGA